CCUGGUGUGCGGCACCAUGCUGGAUCCCAAGCCCCACCCUGCAGGCCGGAGGUGAGUCCAGGUGGAAGCCAGCUGUCACAGGAGGAGUCAGGAUGACCAAAGCACGGCUCUUCCGUCUCUCUGUGGUGCUGGUCUCCAUCUUCAUGAUCCUCCUGAUCAUCGUGUACUGGGACAACGUGGGCACUGCUCACUUCUACUUGCAUACAUCCAUCUCCAGGCCUCAAUCCCCAGAUGCCAUCCCUGGUAUGACGGCAGGUGAAGGCUGGGAAGCCCUGCCAGAUGUGGAUGAAUUUUUGGCAAAGCUGCUUAGUUCAAACCUGAAACAGAAUAGCUCUAUCCCCCGAAAGACAGAGCAGCUACUCGCCCCAGGCUCCAGCAAGCCUGGGGUGAGGAAUUUGGAGGAGCACGUGCGGGGCUAUGACUGGUCUACGCACAGCGACAGGAACAGCUUGGACCAAGAGAAGCUGCAGAUAGAGAGGCAGAGAAUGCUGCGGGAGUUCUGUGCCAACUCCAGCCUCUCCUUCCCCACCAAGGAGCGCUCCUUUGAUGACAUCCCGAACUACGAGCUCAACCACCUGAUCGUGGAUGACCGCCACGGCAUCAUCUACUGCUAUGUCCCCAAGGUGGCCUGCACCAACUGGAAACGGGUGAUGAUUGUGCUGAGCGAGAGCCUGCUGGACCACGGGGUCCCGUACCGGAACCCUCUGGAUAUCCCCCGGGGGCACGUCCACAACACCAGCGUCCACUUGACCUUCAACAAGUUCUGGCGCCGCUACGGGAAGUUCUCCCGGCACCUCAUGAAGAUCAAGCUGAAGAAGUACACCAAGUUCCUCUUCGUUCGAGACCCUUUCGUCCGCCUCAUCUCUGCCUUUCGCAGCAAGUUUGCCCUGGAGAAUGAGGAGUUCUACCAGCGUUUUGCCAUCCCCAUGCUGAAAAUGUACUCCAACCACACCGACAUUCCCUCGUCCGUGAGGGAGGCCUUCAAGAUGGGCCUCAAGGUCUCCUUUUCGAACUUCAUCCAGUACUUGCUGGAUCCCAGGACAGAGAAGGUCGUGCCCUUCAAUGAGCACUGGAGGCAGAUCUACCGCCUGUGCCAUCCGUGCCAGAUAGACUACGACUUCAUCGGGAAGCUGGAGACGCUGGACGAGGACGCUGCUUACCUGUUGCAGCUCCUCAAAGUGGACAGGCUGCUCCGCUUCCCCCCCAGCUACCGGAACAGGACUGUCAGCAGCUGGGAAGAUGACUGGUUUGCCAAAAUCCCGCUGGCUUGGAGGCAGCAGCUCUACAAGCUUUACGAAGCAGAUUUUGUACUCUUUGGUUACCCCAAGCCAGAAAACUUGCUCAAAGACUAAAAGUGAUUGGGUGGUGGGUGUGGGAAGGAACAUCUGAAAUACCAAAAAAUGUUUAAAGCCUCCUCAUUUUUGCUAACUCCCUUCCCCAUACAGGUUGGUAAAAUGGGAUAUAUUUUUUCUACUGCUUCCCCUUCCAUUUUGGCAAUAAUGCCAGAGUCCAGGGUAUUCCAGCCAGCUGUGCACAUGCAAAAAAUGCCAUUUUUGUUAUUGUUUGUUUUCUGUUUUUUAAAAUGUCCCAAUGUUUUGCAAUGGGUCGCUGCCCUUGAUCACUCUGCCAACUGUGUCCUUCAGUAGCUUUUUAUUAAUACUUUUUAAAAAUUAAUAUAUUUAAGAUAUUUAAUACAAAGUGUGUGUCAUGUCAAAGGAAGGGAAGGAAUUUAAAAAAAAAAGUAAAAGAAAUCC